AUGAACGAUGAAUCAGAGAGUACCGAUAUCGACGACAUUACCCAGAUCAUAAGCUCAACUGAAAGCGUUGUGCGCACUCAAAGUGUCUUGGCUUCCGAGCUGGUCGGAAUUCUUUCUGACAGAACGCUAAAAUGUAAGCAACUUGGAGAGACUGGACAUGAUGUGAUUGCGGCGUAUCGCGACAAAAAGCACGAAUUUCUGGAUGAUGCAGCUUCACAAGAUAAUCUUCUGGAAAACAUUAUGAGAAAUGAAGCAGCUUUGAAGCUAACCACCCAAAAGAUCGCUGAGUUGCAAGCGCUUCAAGAAAUCAAAAUGCCGCCAAUGAUCAACAAUCAAACUUCGACGACUUCAAGUCGAUCAUUCUCAAGUGACAGCUUGAUGAACUCGAUGAAAGCUCCUCUCGUGAAGCCGAUUCCUGUACAAUUAUUCACCAUUGUCGCGAGAGUAAUGAAAGAGUUAACUAUAAUGCGGAACACUCUUCAUACGGGUGAUAUGAUCACAGCAUACAUCGAUGAGAUCAGCAAACAGAGCAAUUUGGUGACUAAAAUGUGCGCAAAAGAGUUUCCGCCACAAUCUUUGCAAGACUAUCUGGAAACGCUUCCUUCUGUUCGCGCUGGUACGUAUUCAAAACAUUCUUCGAAUUCAAAUUUUAUUAUUAUUAUUAUCGUUUAG